AUGGUGACCAAGAUCGGGGUUGUUCUUAAAAUCAUCUGGCAGCCCGAGAAAUCAGAACCGGACAAGACAAAAGAACCUGGAAUCCACAAUGGACAAGAUGAUCACCCCUUGAGCGAAAGAGCGUUCAAAGUCAUCGCAGACCCGUCUUCGGCAAGAAACCCACCCUCAAUCACCAGCAGAUCCCCUUCGCUGUUCAACGGUAAACCCUCCAUUGCCGCAGCCACCGUCCUGGGCGUCGUCACCUUUGCCGCACUACUCUUCCUCGCAAUAUGGUACAUCCGACACAAAAGACGACACCGUCAACACAAAUCCUGGAACCAAAACCAAGACUUCGGGCAGUCGGAGAUAACUCUCGGCGAAGACACCAGCAAGACCUUGGACUAUUUCCUCAUGAAAGAUAUCCCGCACGAACGAACCUCGUUCAUGUUCAGCCGCAGUGAGUCGCCGUCCAUCACGUUUGUGGUUGAAGAGGCGGAGCGUUCGAGCUUGAACAAAUGCUACAGUCCUUCGACCAAUAGCUUGAGCAAGAUCGAGACUAUUACUCGGAUCUCGACUGAUGGAGCUCGGCCAAGUUUGCUUUCGUCGGAACUUACGGCGAUGACUUCCUUGCAGAGUACAGCGGCGAACGACUCGUCGUCCAAACCGGCGUCGGCGACGCCCCGGACAUCGAUGUCCUCGUCGCAGCUGUGGACUACAAUUACCAGCUCAACCGAGUGUCAGUCCCUGACUAGUCGGGAAACAACCGUACCGCCCACGGCUGAGUCGUCGCAGCUCUGGACAACAACUACCGGGUCAACUGAGACGGGCUCUGUUGCCAGUCGAGAGACCCAGUUUCGUUCGUCAAAUGGCUCUCGGGCUUCCAGUCGACUGUCCGCGCAGGGACCAGCGCAAGCUGGUGUUAAGUUGAGUCAGGGUGAUAACACCGGCUUGAGACGUUAUCAUGCUCGUGAGCGGAGCCAGUCUUCGCAGAGUACGGUUGUUGGGUCUCCAGUUGCUGAGUCGGGGUCUGACAGUUUGAGUUAG